UAUACCCAUCGCAGUUGGUUCAUGGACCAUUCGUGAGAUACGCGCGGCCUUUACCUGGAAACUGUCCAGUCGUUCAACGACCAGUCAUCGUCGGUUUCUCAAGGAUCGCGACGACGUCGCGACCGAACUCGCGUGUAUAGCGUGCAAAGGAAAAUCGGGAUUUCAACUAUGCGAGUUUUCUCGCAUGUCUCGGGGAAGAAAUAAAACGCUCGUAAAACCUGUGCGUAUCGAGUGAGAUCGACGGUUUAUCGACGCCGGAUCCGCAUCGAGUAAAUCACGAUCGGGGGAAGUGCGGUUGUUUAUCAAUGAGCGGACAAUAGAGAUAUAUUCGGACAGAGUCGGGAGUCGACGCGGGAGAUCGGCAAGCGGUCAGGCCAGGCCCUGGAACGUCAGGCGGCAGAAACGGAGGCGGCGGGUGUAGAGGCGGUGGCGGAGGCGGGGAAGCUGUUCAUCGAACGGAACAGCCGCGCGCGCGGUGUGAUACGGACGGGCGAGCUGUUGUACGGUUCGUGAAACGGGCACGGGCACUAUCUCCAAAAGGGAGGAGGAGGAAGCGGCUAGGCGACGGUGAUCCCUUUAGAUAGGUAAGUCAAUUGCCAGUACUUGUACGAGGCACGAAAAUGGCAGAUACGAGUCAACAAGCAUUAAGCGAACCACACACAAAUGGUGUGGUGGACGGUUUGACGGAAGAUGAAAAAAGCAAGAUGAGACCUGCUGAUAUCGAUGCUGAUAUGAGAGAAAUGGAGAGGAGAAAGAGGGUUGAGAUGAUGAUGAAUUCGCGAAUUUUCCGAGAAGAGCUAGAACGUAUAAUCGAGACGCAGAUGAAGGACGGUGCUGGACCCUCUGGUCUUUUGCAACAGAUUUCCGACAUGAUGGGUGCACAGGGAGCCCGAUUCAAUGGCAAUGUGUUCAAAAAUUCAAAUUGCGUCUUACCUAUCAACGACAUUCGCGGCGUGGAGAGCAUGGGAUAUGCCAAGGGCGAAAAGUUGCUACGAUGUAAAUUGGCGGCGGUGUUUAGAUUACUCGAUUUGUAUGGAUGGACGCAAGGCGUCGGCGGACAAAUCACCGCCCGUCUUAAUCAGGAUCAGGAACACUUUUUAGUAAAUCCUUACGGUCUACUUUAUCACGAGGUCACCGCUUCGAGUUUGAUAAAGGUGGAUAUGCAAGGCACGAUUGUUGAACAAGGGACGACGAACUUUGGCGUGCACGUCACAAGUUUUCAAUUGCAUUCGACAAUACACGCCGCGAGACCUGAUAUCAAGUGUAUUAUUCAUAUUACUACUCCGUCCGUUACCGCUGUUUCCUCCUUGAAGUGUGGAUUGUUACCGAUCGGUCAAGAGAGCAUAGUGAUAGGCGAAGUGAGUACUCAUCAAUAUAUAGGAGGUUCUGUCGAACCGGAGGAACGAGAGAAGAUUGUUAGAAACCUCGGGCCAAUCAAUAAGGUUAUGCUUCUGACGAAUCGUGGCGCUCUUUGCUGUGGAGAGACGGUGGAGGAAGCAUUCUUCAACGUUUACAAUACUGUAGUCGCUUGCGAGACUCAACUGAAGCUAAUGCCCGCCGGUAUAGACAAUCUAAAUCUUAUCAGCGAGGAAUCGAAGAAAGCUAUAUUCGAAGCUUCGCGAAAACCACCGAUCCCUCAGCAGAGUUCAGUAGUGGAGUCAUCCGCUCUUGCAGAAAAACUCGAGAAACGCUGGAGAAUCGGUGGCGCUGAAUUUGAAGCUCUUAUGAGAAUGCUCGAUAAUGCUGGAUUCCGUACGGGUUACAUAUAUAGAAAUCCACUCGUAAAAGGAGAACCUCCAAAACCACGAAAUGAUGUUGAAGUUCCACCGGCUGUAUCGUCCUUAGGGUAUCUACUCGAAGAGGAAGAAUUGUACAAGCAAGGAUUAUGGAAGGGCGGGCGUAAAGGCACGGACAGAUCUCGUUGGUUAAAUUCGCCAAACGUUUACCAGAAAGUUGAGAUCCUGGAAACUGGAACACCCGAUCCUAAAAAGAUCACCAAGUGGGUAUCUGAUGGAUCUCCUACUCAUAGCAGCACACCAGUGAAGAUAGACGGUGCUCUUCAAUUUGUACCGAAGAAUACCAACCCAAAGGAAUUCAAACAAAUUCAACAGCAGAUUAAAGAUUAUCGACGAGCAGAGAAGAUAUCGGCUGGCCCGCAAUCCCAUAUAUUGGAAGGUGUUUCAUGGGAGGAAGCUAAAAAAAUGCAGGACGCGACUAUUAGUGGUACUGGAGAACAAGUAGUUUUAGUAGGAGCCGCUAGUAAGGGUAUUAUACAGCGUGGUUUUCAACACAAUGCAAUGGUCUACAAGACACCCUAUGCCAAAAAUCCCUUUGACGCCGUCACGGAUCAAGAAUUGGAUCAAUACAAGAGAGAGAUCGAACGCAAACAGAAAGGAGAUCCUUACGAUGAGUCACAAUCAGAAUCCGAGGCCUUGUCGUCCUUUAACAUCAGUCGUGCGACGCAUGAAUCCAGCACUGCCAAGAGUCCUAUUCAAUCACCGGUUUCUGUUACUUCGGAAACGGAGGAGGAGAGUAGAGACGAACCCCGAGUAUUGCGAAUAGAAACGAAACAAGUGCCUGUGCCGAGUCAACCCGAAGUCGUGUUAAGUGAUGUGAAUGAUGCUACCACAGAGUACCUUAAUGAGAUGCGCUACAGAACGAUCGAGCAACAAAGUGGUUACAGAAGAGAUUACGAACUAGGCAGUAAUUGCAGCAACUUGAGCAACGAACGUGUGUACUGCGGCCGACGGUCCAAAUCUCUUUACGAUAGCCUUCAUUUGGAGAAUGUUAGAACCUCGACAAUAGCCGAACGUAAAAAACCUCUUCUUAUUACACAUUCGAAAACAUCCCUUAGCAGGCAAAGUAUGAAAUUGCAAUCGAACGCAAUCGUCCGGGAUGAAAUUGUCACAAAGUCGCGUUAUGAGGCGAGACGAAAAUUUUUCGAGGAUCUCGGGCGGCAAAAAAACUCGGCAACGGAAUCGAAAACGGAAACAAUGAGCAUGAAUAAUGAAGAGAAUGUACCUAAGCAACAUUCCAUAAUGGACUCUGCGAGUAAAAAAUUAUGUAUUUAUCCUGUAAAAAUGUACAAUACAUAUCUGACAAAUGUGGACAUAAGAGAAGGCAUUGAGAAAAUGAAUAGCGAGACGCAUUCGGACGAUAUUGUGAUGCAUUCUACGAAAUGGGAGAAUAUUGCGGGACCAGAUUUCGUUGUUGAUCUAGUUAAUGUGAACGAUACAGAAUCGAAUUCUAGCGACAUCGCGUUCUGUACAAAUGACGAUGAUCAAUUCGAGGAGAUAGUAAAACGCGAAAAUUACAUAAUGACGAUUGAUGAGAAGGAUGCUUCUGUAAAAAGGGAAUCUUUGACAAUUCGAGAAAGAGGCAACGAGAAAUCGAUCAAUGACUGCUUAAAUUCGACGAUUCAAGCAACAAAUGGAGAACAGGAACAACGAAUAUCAAGAACAACGAUGAAGAUGGAGGACUGUACUAAAACGUUUCAACGCGAUAAUGAAGAAAGUGAUAAUGAAGAAAGCUUGCAAUCACUGAACGAUUUAUCUUCUAACAAUUGUAAUAAACAUUCCAGCGAUCAUUUCGAAUGCGAGGAUAAAGAAGCAUCGAUGAAUAAAAGAAUAAACGGUCACGCGACGGAAUUAAAGAAACAAAGCAUUUGCACGUGGAUCGAAAAAUCCAUGUGCGAAAACAAUUGGCCGAAUAACAAAGUAGAGAUCGAUAACACGUACGAAUCGUAUUGCGACGACAUUACAAAAAUCGUUGAGAGUAUCGACGUAAAUAUCUCUUCGUCGAAAACAGAGCUGGAUGCGUUGCCCGACACGGACACUUGCGUCAAGUACAAUUUAGACUCGACAAAUAUGAGUCUCAUUUACAGUCUAACUCCACCAGCAGCUCAAGAAGAGAGCGGCAACGAUGAUACCUUGGCGGAACGAUCAUCGGAAUGGCAAUCCGACACAACGAGAAGUGACAACGAUGACGCGUUAGACGAUUACGUGUGGAUAGAACCGAUAACGAUCAAGACGGAGUGUUCAAAAUCCACGCAGUGUCUAGAAAAUCGUAGAACAAUGUCGAGUAAUGGUAGUAAUUCCGAUUCAGUGUCCGAGAGAUAUUCGGCGAGCGGUUCUGACAUACUUGAACUACCGAGUUGCACGGUUCUCGAAUUAGAAGAUAUCGAUGGCGAAGUUUUCCAUAAUGGGAUCAAUGAGUCCGCUAACGAGAUCAUUGCCGAUCUUAACGCCGCUCCGGAUGAAGAAACGCCAUCGUCAAAUGACGCUCUGCAAAUUGCGCAACAUAUCCUCGCCGAGAUUAUCGAAUCCGUGUACAUUUUGUUGUUCCUUGAUUCUUCUAUUUAUGAUCUCAAAGUCGCAAAAGAAGUCGUACGCCAAUUCAUCUAUAGUUGUUGUUACGAAUAUUCGCUCACAGACUUUACCGGUCGCACGCCCGUAUCUGAUGUCUCGAGGAUAAUCGACAACGAUAUCGAUAAUAUUUGUCGAAUGAAAGGUUUCUUAGAAAAUUUGUCGGAUUGUGCCGGUUAUAAUAAGGAAAUGACGAUAUACGAGAAAGAGGAUCCAGGAUCUUCCGCCGUAAUCGAAUUUUGUACUGUAGCGAAGAGGCCGCCGAUCGAGAAACCGAGCACUCUGGCAUUAAACUUUCGCAUUAUCAAAAUCUCGCCGGACGAAACUACUGAUACAUUGCUUGAUACUUGUCGAGUGUUUGACGAAAAUUUGAUUGACAACGAUUGCGGUUCUACUGAAACCGAUAAAACGAAGUACAACGAGAACGCAACUGUGUCGAAAUCAGAGAUGGAAACGUGGCCGUGCGGUCGAUGCUAUUAUUGUCAACAGAAGGAUGAGGAAUCGAUAAGAGAGAAAUUAAAUUGUCUAACGCCUAUAAGUGAAGAAUUAGACGAAAUUCCGCACGACACGACAGUCUCCUUAGAAAAUCCCAACGACGAAUCGUCACAUCAUCUGGAAACCCGCUCUGUCGACGCUGUCGAAGAGAACAGUAUAGUAAAUUCCGCGAAGCAAUCUGUUUCUCUCGACGAAACCUACACGAUUUCCGAAGUUAGCUCCAUCAUUAUCUCAGAUAAUGAUGAAACAAACGAAGUUCAAGAAUGCAAUAUCUUGAACUCGUCUACAGAUUGCAUGUCUUAUUCGUAUGACACUAAUGAAUUUAUACGCUUAGAAAAGGCUCUCGCAGAGAGUUCACCAUUGAAUGUGUAAUUAAUCCGCCUUUUAGAUAAUCAUAUUCUAUCCUAAUUUCGCGAUUGUUUAAUCAAAUUACUACUAAACAAUUCUUUUUUCCCAAUUUGGGGGUGGGGGAGAGUUUCAAUGAUUGAUUUGCUAUAUGCAUAACCGUUGCAAUAGCAUUUUAGCUUGAGUGUCAGUUACUCUAAUAACAUUAAUCGAUGAAAUAAAUUUCUUGCUUUUUUUAUAGCGUUAAUAUUCAGAUCUGAAGAAUAUCUCUUAUAAUAUUGAAUAGUUUGUACAGUUAAUUUUUCCUUUUGUACAUGCGUUUAUUUAGCUUAUCAACAUGUCAAGUUUUUACACUGAUUUCAAGCUGACAAAACAAAAAAGAUUAAUUCUGUCAUAAAAGCGACACGAGUAAACGCGCAAACUUUAGAUAUUAAGAAGAAAAGAAGAUAUUAUUUCAAUAUUUGUUAAUGUUUCUUAUUCAUUAUUUCUUCUAAUUUUCUUUUCCUUUGUAAUUUUUCAAACUCUAUGAAUCUCUUUGUGUACGAACAAAAUGCAUUUUUUGCAAUCAACUUUAAAUAUAUCUGAAUAGGAAAAGAAAAUGUUGACAAUUUCUAUAUAUAAAUUAGCACUUAUAAGUAUCGUUUAUGUAUGUAACAUCUUCUGACAUUUUAGUUUUUUUCUUUUCUUUUUCUCUUUUAGUCAAGUUGUGACUUGAAAGACAGAGUUUCAUUAUUCAGUAUAUUUGUUUUAAUAUUCUGAUUUAUUUUCUCGAUAUUUUGUUUGCCUAAUGAGUUCAAUUGACAUUACAUUGUUACAUACUUAUCGCUUUUCAUUAACGAUAUUGUAUUUAAGUUAACUUAAAUUGCGAAUGCUUAUAUGAUUUAUAUAAUAUCGUAACAAUUUUGAAGCACGUUUAAUGAUAUAAAAGUUUGCAUAACACUUUUUAUAAUUUUUUUAUAUAUCCAUCUUUACCCAUAUAUUCAUUUGGAUCUGUGUGUGUGUAUUAAUCCUUACCAUUAACACCUGCUACUAUUUCGAUGGUAUAUACGCAUCCUGCAAGCUACAAAUGUUCGAUGUUAUUUGCUUGGACACAUUGAUUUUUUUAUAACGAAUCCAAGAACGAAUACGUUUGGCAACAAAUCGUCAAUUCUCGAAAGGUAAAGUAUAUCUUUGUGUGUGUAUCUCUCUCUUUCUCUCGCUUUUCUUUAUCUUAAAAUAUAAUUACAUAAUUUUCAGCUGGUCUAAAUUGGUGUGAUUGAUAUGUCGAUCCUUUGGCUUACAAGUUAUUACAAAAAGAUGUAUUGACUACAGACUUGAUCGUUGUCUCAUGAAUUUGAUUAUCAUCUUUUUAUAAAUAAUUUAUAAUUUAUUAUAAGUAAUUUAUUUGUGAGACUCUA